GAAGCAGGAAGGAGGGGUGGGGGGAUAGACGCCGUGGAGGGAGCUCGGAAGGACAACCGAGUUCAACCGCAUCCAUUCCUUGCUGACUUUAGCAGAAGGUUUGCAUACCGGGAGGGACGCGACAAGCCACUGGGAAAACCGCACAAAAGCUGAUCUGAUCUCUCAAAACUCCACUCCAGCAUGGCCUCAGGGAAUGGCAGUGAUCCACCAGACAGGUUAGAGAGGCGCAGAUCAUCACUGCAAUUUGAAUCAGAAGACCAGGUGGCCCAGCAGACAGAAGAAGUGUUCCAGAGCUAUGCUUUCCACCGAUACCAGCAGGAGUUGGAGCAGAAUGAGGCUGAUGUGCCAAUAGAUCCAGAAAUUGCUGCAAUCCAGCAGGAGCCAGGCAGCACCAGCAACUUGGUAGGCAGGCGCCUGGCCACCAUUGGUGAUGACAUCAAUGCACGGUAUGAUAAAGAAUUCUGUGAGAUGCUGGAGUCCCUGCAUCUGACAAGGGACAAUGCCUAUGAAUACUUCACCAGAAUAGCCUCCAGUUUAUUUGAAAGUGGUGUAAACUGGGGCCGUGUGAUAGCACUACUGGGCUUUGGCUACAGGAUGGCAAUCCAUGUUUUCCAGCAAGGGAUGACUGGCUUCCUGGGGAGAAUCACCCACUUCAUAGUAGACUUCGUGCUUCACAAUCGCAUUGCCCGGUGGAUUGCCCAGCAGGGAGGAUGGGUGGCAGCAAUGGACUUAAGCAAUGUUUACUUGAAGUACGUGAUCGCUUUGGCAGCGUUGAUCUUGCUGGGUCAAUUUGUGGUACAUCGUUUCUUCAGGCCGUGACUGAGGGGAAACAUGCUAGUGGCCAUGCACAUGCCAGCUGCUGAUGUGCUGCUCUGUGGCGAUGCUUUCAAAGAAAGAAGGAUUCAGGAAACAACCAAAGGAAAACCCUGUUGCAACUGGCAGCGUUAAUUCCAGCGUGGCAGCAGUAUAUUCAAAGCAGGGAAUCCACAGUGUAGUAUUAAAGGGAAACAUGGAAGAGGAUUUAUUAUAUCUGGAGGCCACAGGGACCAAAGGUUGCUCAAAACAGAUUCACAAUGCUGUGUCAAAGAAGAGAGAAGGGAGUAUCUCCUCUGUGAAGUCUCUAAGAACAACAAAUCCUUUUCCAGAACAAUCUCAGGGCCAGUUCUAAUAUAACUUUUUGCAGUCCCAUCCUGAUGGAAAGCAGAAACAUGCUAGGCCAUGUACAGCAUCAUUGUGUACUCCACAUGUGUGCAUUUGGAUCUCUUCUUCCCAACUCCAUGAACCUUUCUGGUGCUGUAAUAAUCAUGUGGCGUUCAGCUGAUUGGUAGAAUGUGCCUAUCAGUCCCUUAAUUUAUUGGCAGGUCACCUUUUAUGACGAGUGUAUGCAACAUUUAUGGAGUAGAUUUUUAGACAUCAUAUAUCCAGGGCGGCAGACAUCUUGUCAGCAAUUCAGCAUCAGAUGUGGGUUUCAGGAUUUCUCCUCAUUAUUAAUUCAGAGGUGCCUCUCCACCCAGGCAUGCCACUUGGUGCUUUCUAGUGGCUUUUCGUAUUGUCUUACUCAUUAUUACUCUGCAUCAGUCCUUGUCUGUCAACUAAUGGAUAGGGCCAGCUGUUUUGAAAGGAUUUGAAUAGAGCCUUAUUUCUGUUCCAUUUUAAUCUGGAGGAUGCCACUCUGUUUCCUACACAACAGCAGCAUUGUCUGUGCCUUUUCAAGAUAAUCAGCAGCAUGGCAAAGAAUGGGAGGUUGGCUGCUGUUUUCUAAAUAUGCAGUUGUAGUUCCAUGCCCUUUUGACAAUCAGCUAUUGAUUGUCUUAGAUUUGCUUUAUACAGAUGAUGUGGAAAAACUGUUCCCUAUGAAUUCCUUAAUUAGGAUGUCACUGUUUCCCCAGACAAGAUGUACAUGAUUCAGCCAACACACACAUUUAAGAUGGCAUUUCUAUGCACUCAUAGUCUAUCAGUAAGAGUAAUUUCUGAGUAAACAAGUCUAAGAAUGGGCAGGCUCUUACCACUUCCACUGAAAACAGGGGUUUAGAGUUGCUCAGUUAACUGUACCACGCUUAAUUGGAACUCUUCUUUGUUGUUUCAUCAACCAUUUUUGUUGAAAUGCAGCAUCCUGAGCAACAGGAGGCAGUCAUGUGCAGAGUCUAACUCCAAACAGUUUUGUGUUUGGAGUCAUUUUGUUUUUUAAAAGCUAGCUUUAUUCCACAUCUUUUCUCAUUCUGCUUUUUCUGUUACUAGAUAUUGCUGUGUUGAAAUCUUAGGUAAAACAUUAGUUCACUUCAGUGAAACCAAGAUUUCCAACGAACAUCUGUGCGUGCAGUUGCAAGCAGGGGACGCAUGCACGUUUAGUGGAUUCUUUUUCUUUGCUUUACAUAGCCAUAAACAUGUUAGUACUGAGAGCUCAUUAGAAGCUUUUUCAUGGCUCUCUUAUUUACCAAAAGCUCUUAAGUUGGAGAUUUGGAAGUAGCACAGGUUUCUUCUCUCCAUUCUCAAAGUUUACAUUUUAAAUGUUCCUCUAACUGGAUUUUCUUCUGCCUCCAGCAAUAUUUUUGUUUUGCUCAAAUUUUAAAUUUAGCUAUCAAUAUUUGGAGGUACAAAUCCUAUAUUAAGGUCUUUUCAUUCCCAGACUUUUAGCCCAGUCCUGUGGAAAUUUACUCAAGAGAUAAACCCAAUCAAGUUCCAACUAUUACUGCAGAGAGAAAAGCUUUUUAAGAAAAGCCUUUCAAAUGAAUUCUGUCUACAGAUCCAUGGAUUAGAAUGGACUGUGUGUCUCACUUAGUUCACAUCCCUCAUUGAGAGAUUACCCCAGGGAUUUCCAACCUUGAUAAAAUGAACUACUUUUGAAAUUUUGAAAACAGGUAGAGAACCAUAAAAUGGUUGCCAUAGGAACUGAGUCCAAUUACUAGGGAGGUUCCACAGUAUGUUAGGAGGUUCCAUGCAAAGCAUUGUUCUGUGACAAAGACAGAUUUUGUCCGCAUGGGUGCUCCCUGCUGAUACAAAAAGGUUGCCUCUUGGGAUCUUCUAAAAUGCCUUCUACUUCACUGACAUGGAGGAAAGCCAUGAUUGACUCUUUACUUUGAGGAAGAACCAGAUGGACACCAGAAAAUACAUCUGUAGGCACAUCUGUGACUAUCCACUAAUAAUCAUUAAAAACAGUUAUCUACAGUAAUAUUUUCACAAGUAUAUAUUAUUUCACAAGUAAUAUAUUGCAGUCUGUAGCAAGAAUUCAAAGGAAAUCCCAAAGUAGCAGGUUCUGAUCAGGAGCGCUUUCUUCAAGACCCACUUCUUGUUGUAGUGGGACUUGGAACUGCUCUUUUGGCUUCUUUCUCUCAAAAAAUUCCUGCAAGGAUUCCUCUCCAGAUCCUUGGGAUUAAAGACACUUGGGACUCCAGAUCCUUGACUUUUCCUAUUCCCAAAUUGCCUUCUACCUCAGCAUUCUCAGAUUUGCUUCAGAGGGAAGCAGAAGCUUCCCGUCCUAUUGUGUAGAGGAGAGUGCAAAACAGGAAAAUUGCAGGAGUGUCGUUUGCCAUUACCCACCUCUAAUUUUCUAAACUCUGUUUAAAACUUUGUGCCAUUUAAAGAUUUUCUGUGGCACUCUGGUGUGAACAACCAAUCUUGUUUGGUCAGGGUUCUAUAAACACAGUUUGAAAAUGUCUGCUAUUGGGUACUAGCUACUGUGGUAUUGUCUGAAAGAGAGGUGGAACUGCUACUGAAUGCUUGAGGGGGGUGUUUGUUCCCUGGGAGGAGUCUGCAGCAGGUUUCAAGGGGCGGCUGAGAAAGUACGUUUGUAUUUCUUUGCUUAGCUGGGAAGAAUUUUGCUGUUCCCCAGUAGCUUAACAGAAGAAGCAAGUCUGACAGGCAGGUCUGUUGUAACACCAGCUGACCCACUCAGUUUGCCAAGACUGACAGCCACUGUGGAUGCUAGUUAAUAGAAAGUCUGUUUCUAACCAGAUAACAGUUCUGCACUGGAACAAGAAAUAACAAAAUUCCUGAAGGCACACAAAGAUUUAUUGAUGUAGUGCAUUGUCAGCAAAUGGCUCUUUUUCAGGGGAAAUCACUAAUAGUAAUCAUGAUAGAAAAAGUUGGAAAUUGGAAUUGCUCCAAAAAAGUUUUUGUAGACCCUUAGACAUUUUUGUUUUGACCUGAUAGAGAAUUAUUGCAGCUUGCAAGCUUGCAUGUUCCUUCCAGGGUUGCUGCUUUGAGUCCUAUUGCAGGAGGAAAUGGAUUCUGUCUACAGAUCCAUGGAUUAGAAUGGACUUUAAAUACAGUAUUUUAAAAUCUUAACAUACUUUAUGUUUUAGAUCUUUUGGCACCACAGCAGCAUUUACUGUUCCAGAAGUGUCUCCAACACUGCAGUAAAUACAGGUGGGCAGGGUGGGCAGUGAUUCUGCAGAAACAACUUACUAAUACUGGACAUAGAAGGCAACUUCCUGAGAAUCCUAACUUUCAUAUUUUAAAAUAACAAGAUUCUGUCUAGUCCUUAUGACUGCAAAUAUUUUUGUGAGCAAUGCCUAUUUGAAAGAUGCCACAAAAGGAACUAAGACCUCCAGAGGGGGAUUAAAUACCCUGUAUAGUUCUGAGCCCUUCCUUAUGAAUGAAUUAGGCAAAAUAAGUCAUGCAGAUCUGCUUAUUUUGUAUGUAAUAUAUGCAUAUUACAGCAUUCAGCUUCUAGGGAGGGUAUAGAAUUUGGAUUGCCCAAGUACCUAACAAUAAUAUUUUAAUGCUUGGAGGGUACCAAGUCAUGGGCCACAGGCCUCCAUGUUGGCUCAUAAGAUGAUGGUUUGAGGGAUUCUAUUUAUCCUGUUACCAUGUAAACAUCACCAAAGGAAGGAAACAAAUGCUGAGGACUAGUCAUUUGAAUUGUCCCUGUCUAGCUUUGAAUUUAAUUCCUCCAUCUUCUACUUUACGGGCAUUAAUCAGCACACUAGUCAAGGUGACCCAGAUUCCACCACUCCUGUGAGGGAGCCUUGAAUCCCUGCCCUCUGAACCACGAGAGAUGUUGCUUCUCUUCAGCUUUGCAAAUUUUCCUGGAGACACUUCCGGGGCAGAUCUUAUCCCAGACGAAUGAGCCACUGAGAGAGCCCAGAAAUCAGAUCUCCUUGAGGUACAGAAAAGUCUUUUGGAAGGAAGCCUCUGUUUGGUUUUUACAUGUGUACUUGAAACCAUAAUGUAGCUACAAGUCACUUUCUCUUACUUUGUAUUAUAUUUGUAUAAACUACUUAUAUCCAUAUAGCCAGAGACCAGGUCUACUGCCACUGUUGGCAGGACUCUUUGUAGUCCAAGUGCCAGUUAUACCCAGGUUGAAAGCCACCCGCCCCACCGUGCAAUUCCAAUUAUUCAGAAUUUUUGGAAUUCCUUUUGCUAGAUAUCCCAGAGCCAAAAAACAACAGAUUUUAGGUAUAAUUUCAGCAUAGAAAUAUUUAAAUACACAGUAUAGCCCUAACCUAGAUAUCCCCAGUAUAGCUCCAAACUAGGCAGGGACUUUAUAUUAUCUUAUUAGCCUAAUUCCAGAACUGCUGUCAAUCAUGUGAAUCUCCACCCAGAAUAAACAUCUCCUGGAGACACUUCUGGGCUGCACUCCUUAAGUUGCUUUCUUUGGUUGGGUUAUAAAUAUUUUCAUUAAUAAUAAUUAAUUUUUGGCAGAGAGCCCCAUUCAAAAGGAGAGGCUUGCCACCACACUGGCAGAUUCACCCUCCCGGGGCACUUGCCCCGGCAUCGGGGUGAUCCUGCUGGCAUGCAGACAUCGCUGGCACUCCCACCCUCCCAUGCUGGAACAUGGCACUGAAUGCUGCACCAGCCCCACAGGACCCUGCUGCUGCGCAUGUAGCUGGGGUAUGGCCAGGGGAUCAGCCAACUUUAGUCAGCUUCCUCCUGGUCUUUACUAGUGUUAUACUGGUAGGCCACAGUUUGGACUUAAGCCACCCUUUUGGGUGGCGUAUGUCCACUGUGGCCCAUUGAGGUGUUUUGGCAGCAGGGAGAUCUUUGCAAAUUGCAAGCCUCCCCGUGCCACUGAGAAGCCUCUAUGGAAGCAGCGUGAUGGUGCUGCAUCGGUGUGGUAGCCCACUACCUCCCUUUGGAUGGGGCUGUGUCACAGGAGUAACUAUGCAUGAAACUGCCUUGUACUAAGCCAGCUCCAUGAUAUAUCAAGGUUGUACCUUCUGACUGGCAUUCCAAGGUUUUUCAUGUUUCCUAUGAACUGACCUUUUUAAUUGGAGAUGCCAGCAAUUGAACCUAGGACCAUCUGCAUGGAAAGCAGAUGCUCUGCCACUGAGCAGCAGCCCCAGUCACAGGAAUGACGGCUAAAUAAUGGAUGGAAUGCCAGACAAUUGGUUCUUGAAAGACACUGAUUGGAAGAAGGGAGCUUUUUGUUGAACACUGAUUUUGUAUUUAAAAUGUGACUUGUCUACAAUAUUUAACAGACUAUGCACGUCUAACAAUUAUUUUUUCUUUCUGAUCUCAAAACGAGGGGGGAGCCCUUCAAGUAAACGUGGAUAGUUUGAUGUACAAGAACAAGCCUUAAUUACGCAUCAGGGGAAAAUCCAGUCACUUGCUGUUCUACCUCCAUCAGAGAAGAAAGGAAAUGACCCCUCCACUGAGGGGGGCAUCGUGGUGCUACUGCCCUUGGGGAUGUGAAAUUAGCCUUUUUAUAUUGACAAAGGAGGAGUCUUUAAGUAUUUGUUGCACAGUAUAUCCCUGGGGAAUGCACUGGGUUGUCUUACUGGAGAGUGGCAUCUUUUGUGUACUUAAAUGGUAUGGUGCCUAGCACACGUGGCAAUAAAUAAAUGUUGAAUAGUAGCAGUUGUAAUAUAUAUUUCCAAAUAAAAAAAAUAUAUGCAACA